AUGUCGAACAUCAAGCCAACGUCAAAGGAGGAAUGGAUUACCGCCGAGGACGGCCACGAGAUCUUCACAAAGACCUGGUUCGCUGUUGGUACCCCUGUCGCAGUCGUCGUCUUUGUCCACGGACUCGGCGAACAUAUCGUCCGCUACGACCACGUAUUUGAAGAGUUCAACAAGGCCGGAUUCCAGGUCUCGGCUUACGACCAGCGCGGUUUCGGUCAGACGGGCAAAAAGUCCAAGACCCUUGGAUCGACCGGUGGAUACGAUAAAGCCAUCCCCGACAUUACUGCUGCCCUUGAGCGCAGCAAGAUUGACGGAUUGCCACUCUUCCUUAUGGGACACUCAUAUGGUGGAAGCUUGGUGCUGAACUACGACUGCAUCGGUCCCCUGCGUACAAAGCUCACCGGCCUCAUCGCAUCCGCACCCCUCGUCCUCGCCUCAGAACCUACGCGCCCCAACGCCCUCACCGUCGGCCUCGCAGGAGUCGUCUCUAGAAUCCUCCCCUCCUUCCAAACCCAAAUCGCCCUCGACUCGUCCUUCAUCUCGCGCGAUGCCGAUCACGUCCAGAAGUACAAUACCGACCCUCUCAUCCACGGAUACAUCACGACAAAGGGCGUCUAUGACAUGUUGACGAAUGGAAAGCUGUUGCUGACGGAGCGGUACAAGGUUAUUACAAAGUCCGUGCCGGUGUUGAUUGCUCAUGGUACCGAGGAUGGAUUGACGGAUUAUAAGGCGAGUAAGGAGUUCUUUGACAAGAUUGAGGUCGAGGAUAAGGAGUACAAGGUGUAUGAGGGGCAUUUCCAUGAGCUCCAUAAUGAGCCAGAGGACGACCGGAAGGUUGUGAUUGAGUAUUAUAUUAACUGGAUCCGCAAGCACCUUCCCAAGUCUGCCUAA